UGUGGGUCAAGGGACCAAAUGAUGUAUGUUUGGUCCACGAACAGCUGGCUCAUAACAAACAGGGCUGGAAAACAUGUAGCAGCAGGCCAGACAGAGAGUGGACUAAAGCUGUCAAGAGAAUGACUGACACACACCCACACACAUAACUUAUUUAAAUAAAUACAUACAUUUAUGUUGUUAAUAAAUAACAAUAAAUUGUUGUUGUACCAGCAAUAUCUCCCAAGUUUUGGUUUUCACUGUAGAAAUCUCAAAUGUCAUAAUGAUUUGCCAAUACAAGAGAGUACCCGGCACCUUUUUUUCCACUUCAAGCACUGCCGGUUGCUAACUAGGUAGCUAGGGAAAAGAAGAGCUCUUACUUUAAGCUGCUCUUGUAGUGUUGAGUUGAGUGAACCUUCGGCGGUGAAGCUGCAGAGAAGAGUGGGAGUGUUGUGCAGAAAACUGGGACACAAAAAAAGGAGGAAAGCUGAAGGUUUGUCGCGCAGUGUCAGUGCGCAUACCCGGAAAAACAAGCUAACCACGUGGGUUUGACCAGCCGCCGUGCAGGAUCAAGAUGAAUGCAGAUGAGAACAAUAUCUAGGAGCUUCAGGUCCAGGUGGGAUCAUGAGGGAUCGCGGCCAUCGGGCUGGACGAGCUAAGAGGAAGAGGAGGCAGAAACAAGAGAGUGUCGUCCAGUCGGUCUCUCUGGGUCACCAGCCGCAGUACGUGAGGCUGAUAAAGUUUCUCCACCGACGGGGUUUCACCUCAACGCUGCUGCAGCCAGCCCUCUUCACUGACACAGGCAGAGGACUGCAAGCUCUCAAGAGCAUAAAGCCUGGCCAGCUGGUCAUUUCUCUGCCAGAGUCCUGUCUCCUCACAACCUCAACUGUUCUGGACAGCUACCUGGGACAGUAUAUCAAGAGCUGGAAGCCCCGCCUCUCUCCCCUGGUGGCGCUCUGUGUCUUCCUGGUGUGUGAGCGGCACCGUGGAGAGGCCUCUGAUUGGUUCCCCUACAUCGACGUGCUGCCCACCACUUACACCUGCCCCGCCUAUUUCACCGAUGAUGUCAUGGCCGUUCUGCCGACCAGUGUGCGGAGACGGGCUUUAGAGCAGAGGGAGGCGGUGCGAGAACUCCACUCCUUUAAUCGAGACUUUUUCAGAUCCCUGCAGCCAAUCGUGACUCGGCCCGUGGAUGAGCUGUUGACAUAUGAAGCAUUGAGGUGGGCGUGGUGUAGUGUCAACACACGCUCCGUCUUCAUGUCCCACCCGUCCAAUAGCUUUCUGUUUGGACAGGAUGUUUAUGCUUUGGCUCCCUUUCUGGACCUGCUCAACCACCGCCCUGACGUGCAGGUAAAAGCCAGUUUCAAUGACACAACGAGAUGUUAUGAAAUCAGGAGCGUUUCCGGGACACUCCGCUACCAGCAGGCCUUCAUUAACUACGGUUCUCAUGACAGCCAGCGCCUGAUGCUAGAGUACGGAUUUGUUGCCCCCUGUAACCCCAACAGCGUGGUCUAUGUGGAUACAGAUCUCCUCGCAGACGUUUUAGGAGGCGAUAAGAGUUUGGAUCAGAAGAUCAAGUUUCUCAGAGAGAACAAUUUCCUUCAUAAUCUCACUGUGUCCAGUGAAGGUCCCAGUUGGAGGCUGAUGACGGCUCUCAGACUGUUGUCCCUGCCACAAACACUGUAUCACCACUGGAAGGCAGUGUUGCUCGGCCAGGUGGUGUGUGAAGAGAGAGAAGAGAGGAGCUUGCAGACAACUAAGACUCUCUGUCGACGGCUACUACAAGACACUCACACAGCCCUGGAUAAGAUCGCCCACCUCCUCCGGCAUUGUGACCAGUCAGUCAGGGAGCAGCUAGAUGUGGUCAAGUCACUGCGACAGGAGGAGAGGUGCAUCCUGGGAAGCUGUCUUGAGGCACUGGAAGGCACGGCGAGACACCCAGAGGAACUCUUGUCACGCCAACCUGAGACUGACGCUGUGAGCUGACAUCCGAUUGGUUCCCUGGCCUGCCAAUCGCUACAAGAAGCAACGUUGUUGGCUGAACUGGUGGCGCCGGACAGGCUCCCUGUUCUGCCUGUCGACAGGUAUGGCUGACAGAAGGCCACAGUCCUGUAACCAGAGGGUCACAGGUCUGAUUCCAGGUAUGCUCAAAGAGCGCCCGCCCUGUUAUAACGACGCUAAGCAAGACGGUGAGGCUCUCAUCUCAUCUGGACAGAAUAGAGCUUUGAGUCUCUGCCCGAACACAAUUGGGCCGGGCUGUAAUUCAUAGGUUUGUGCAAAUUUCCCAGUUUUUGUUCAGUUUUUUAAUUUCAGACCUCAUAGUCUGUGUAAUGUCAUGUAAUGUACAGGCUGUGUGCGACCACCAUCUUCUACAUAACUAUUCCACCUAGGGCUAAUGUACGCUGGCUGCGUCGCGUGAGCGCGUCAGCUGCGUGGCGUGUUUUUAUUUCGGCUCCCACGUUAACAGGUUAGAGCUCACACGCUGCCCGGCAGCGUGCAGGAGGCCUUCCAGAAAAAGGAGGGGAGAUUUGGGGUUUUUAAAUCAGCCGUGGUUUGGGUUCGGGUCUGGCUCGGACAGAAACUAUGCAGGUUCAUGUAGGGUCAGGCCGGAUUUAUUUUGGGCCCAAUCAUAGCUCUAAAAUACAAUUAUGAGGAAACAGAGUAGAGAGGAAAACAACAUACUUUUUUCUUAUUUAUUUUCUGAUGUAAAAAAAAAAAAAAAAAAAAAAAUGUACAGUUCUCGAUCAUUUCCAUUCAGAAGUUGAAUUAGUUUCAGAUUCAAGUAAUUACAAAGUACAGAAGACAAAAAGCGCAACAUUACACAACAUGCCUUCUAACAGCGACUUUAAUUCCAGUUCCUGUUUAUAAUUAUUUGUACAUUUGGAUGAUAAGCAAAACUUUGCAUCACACCAGUUACACCGACAGCAAGUAGUGCAGUCGUCUUUAUGUGAUAAAAUGUGUAGUUGAUGGAGUCAAAUGAAGUGUUGUGGAUUAUUCUCAAAGAAAUAUAAAGUAAUGAAUAAUGACCAGACAGGCUUUAACGUGAGCCACAUGAAAUCAUACAUAUUCAGAAUGGGGUCAAAGGUGUCUGUGUUUGGAGGAACCGCGCUGGCUCGUUGGUUAGAACCGUUUCUUCAGAACCAGAAGAAAAUGGAUUCUUCCUGCAGCUUCAAGUCAAGCAGGUUAGGUGAACUGGAGGUGCUAGCCCAGACAGACAGAAGGCUGAUGUCGUCUGCCUGUAAUGAUGCGUGCUGUGGCAGGUUUCAGGCCCCUAAAAAAACGAAUACAAGUAAAAGUGUUCACUUGUUAUAUUAACCCUUGUGAUGUCUUCCCGUCGACCAUGCAACUUUUAGUUUUUCUGGUUCAAAAAAAAAAAAAAAAAAACUGUGGC